AUGGAGGCGCAGUGCGAAGAAAAACAGCCAACCACCCCUUCAUCUGGAGAUCUAAACCAGGAUCACCCGAAAACUUCCAAGAUCUCGCCUCCUACUUUAGCUCCGGCUCAGGAUGAAUGGGCUACUGGAUUCAAGCUUUUCACUAUAAUGACAGCUGUCACGCUUGUGGCUCUUCUCAUGCUGCUAGAUACUUCGAUUGUUGUAACGGCAAUUCCACGUAUCACGAGCGAAUUCCAUUCUCUUUCCGAUGUAGGUUGGUAUGGUAGUGCGUAUCAGCUUGCAUGCGCGGCACUCCAGCCACUCACUGGUAGAGUAUAUAUGAAUAUGGACUCGAAGUGGACUUUCAUGGGCUUCUUCGCUGUUUUCGAAGUGGGCUCUUUGAUUUGUGCCGUGUCUACCUCCUCAAGAAAGUUGAUUGUUGGAAGAGCAGUGGCUGGAUUAGGAACUUCAGGGAUCUUGAACGGUGCUUUUACGAUCAUAUCCGGGUGUGUCCCAAUGUCAAGAAGACCAACUAUGCUUGGACUUGUAAUGGGCAUCUCGCAAGUUGGGUUGGCUGCCGGACCCUUGAUCGGUGGAGCAUUGACAGAAUUUACCACCUGGCGAUGGUGUUUCUAUAUAAACCUCCCCGUUGGUGGUCUUGUUGCAAUAAUGCUCACCUUUAUCCACAUUCCUCAAACCCCAAAGGCCAAGUUCUCAGAAGCCAUCAGAACACUUCCUGGUAAACUUGAUCUUAUUGGGUUUGCUCUUUUUGCGCCUUCCGCGAUCCAACUUCUGUUGGCAUUACAGUAUGGUGGCAAUGAGUUUACCUGGCACAGUUCCCAGGUCAUCGGACUAUUCUGCGGGGCAGCUGCUACUUUUAUCCUCUUUCUAGUCUGGGACUAUUGCAAGGGCGAUGCAGCUAUGAUACCCUUUUCCAUGAUUCGUAUCAGGGUUGUUUGGUCAAGCUGUCUUGCAUACGGGCUCUUGAUGGGCCAAAUAUUCUGUGCAUCUUACUACCUGCCGAUCUAUUUCCAAGGAGUCAAGGGAGUCAUUCCGCUCAUGAGCGGUGUUUAUGUUCUUCCAAGUAUCCUGGGUCAUCUAUUUGUUGCUCUAGUUUCAGGGAAAAUUGUUGAGAGAGUGGGAUACUAUCUACCUAUAAUUGUGAUUAGUGCAUCACUAAUGGUGGUGGCCAACGGCCUCUUAUCCACACUUACUCCUUGGACUUCGACCGGAAAAUGGAUAGGAUACCAAAUCUUGCUCGGAGUCGCACGAGGCCUCGGCUUACAAGUGCCCAUUAUAGCUGUGCAAACUGCGCUUCCUCCUACGCAAAUUCCCAUUGCUACAGCAUUGGUAAUGUUCAGCCAAACCGUCUCUGGCGCUUUAUUUCUCAGCCUUUCCGAUACAAUCUUCACCAACAGUCUCUCAGCCCUAGUUCCACAAUAUGCUCCAUUAGUGAAUCCCCAAACUAUCAUUAACGCCGGCGCAACUGGGUUCCGCUCUACUUUAUCAGACGCUCAGCUAGCCGGUGUUCUGGUGGCGUACGCAAAGAGUGUUGAUCGCGUCUUCUAUUUGACUACAGACCUCAAUAACUUCAAAAUGGAUACGACCUCAUCGUCACUCCCUGACACGCCCACCCCAUAUGGGCAAUCAUGUGCCAACUGUUCUCAAUCGAAACGCAAGUGUAUCGUUCGGCGCGUCGGUGGACCGUGCGAGCGGUGUUUCAAGACAAAUAAAGAGUGCACUCCAGCUAAAACGACACGACGCCGUAAUACCAAAAGAACAGCUGUCCCUUCUAAGACAACGCGACUCGAGGAAAAGAUAGACAGCCUCGUAUCAAUGAUGAAGGUGGGAACCCAGACUAGUACAGCGAGUCCCCCCGCAACGUCUAGUUUGCAUGAAAGCAUGUUUACCUGUGAGACGGAAACAAAGACUCCCAUCCACAGUCCUUUUGAAAACGGAACAGGCCUGAACUGCCUUGGCGAUGAUCGUAACAACCCUGCACCACCGGCCACACAGGCUACCACGGACUCCUUAGAUAAUAAUGAAUCAAAAGCCGAGCCGUCUCGAAUGGAAGCAGAGGAAUAUCUUACGAAUUUUCAGACCUCGAAACUACAAUAUUUUCCUUUUGUGUACAUUCCCUUCAAAACCAGCUCUGAACUUCUUCGAAAGGAGCGGCCAUUUCUCUGGCUUUGCGUCAUGGCGGUCAGCUCCAAGUCAACCGUGCAACAGCAGAUGCUAGCUGUCUUCACCCAGCUCGCGAUCUCCCUAGUCUUCGAUCUCGGUCUGAAUAAACCAGUCCCCGAAGAGACGUCUAGAACGUCUAAUCUGCAUAAGGUUUCUAGACCCUCGACGCCUCGAACAAUGGAGGAGCGGAGAGCUGUUCUUGGUUGCUUCUUAGUAACAUCGAUAAUAUCUUCUUUCCUACAAAAGAUCGAUGCACUGCGUUGGACAACACAUCUUGAUGAAUGCCUUGAGAUACUAGAUGCCCAGAAGGAAUGCCUCAAUGAUGACAUCCUGGUCCAACAAGUUCGAUUACAGCUUAUUGGAGCGGAUGCCAUUCGAAGCAAGGAGCAUGAGCCUAGCAGUGCAUUUAUGGAGACAACAAGUACAGAGCGUUUUCUUUCCAAGUUAGAUAAUAUCAAAUCCGAUAUUUUUAAUACUGCACCAAAGAAUGUAAUUUUCCUACAUUUUUAUAGCAUUGAGCUAGAAACUGCCCUUUCGGCCAUGUUGUUCUCAUCCAAUCAAUCUGUAAUAUCGCAGGAAAUGUUUCUUCGCACGGGAUUGAAGUCGAUUAUCGCGUGGUUUGAUGUGUUCUUUAUGAUCCCACCCAUCGGUUACAUUGGAUUUCCAUUUUCAAUAUUCUCACAGCUCGUUCGCAGCUUGACCACACUCUACCGAUUUGCUACACUCGAUGAAUCAAUGUGGGACAAAUAUCAUGUUCGAAAAAUAGCGAACCCACUGCUGAUCUUGAAUCGGGUGAUUAGCAACUUUGAGCAAGUGCCAACUGUUGCUAAAUUGGAUAACUGUCACAGUGCGGAGGGAGACGUAUUUUCACGUUCGACACGGAUCUUUCGAUCCCUUCGAUCUGAAUGGGAGUCAAAGUUAGGCCCGGGUAAUGCAACGUUUCCGAUCGUGCCUGCUUCACAUCAUGACGGAAUUCCACUCUUCGAUCCUCUAGGAGAACAAGUUCUGGAUAACGACUGGUUCAUGGAACUGCUGUCAUCAAACCUCUGA